CGUGCGCACUGGGGCGGCCAGCCACAGCCUCCGCACCGUCUUCCUGAUCCUUCUACCUUUGGGCCGGUCAUGGCGGGCGCGGUCUCGCUCUUGGGUGUGGUGGGGCUGCUCCUUGUGUCUGCGUUGCCCAGGGUUCUCGGAGACCGCGCCAACCCCGACCUUCGGGUACACCCAGGGAACGCAGCCCACCUUGGCUCUGGGGCCACAGAACCCCAGCGGCGACCGCCGCUCAAGGACCAGCGCGAGCGGGCCCGGGCCGGGUCGCUGCCUCUGGGGGCACUGUACACCGCAGCCGUCGUGGCUUUUGUGCUGUACAAGUGUUUGCAGGGGAAAGAUGAAACUACAGUUCUCCACGAGGAGGGAGGCAAGCAGCAGCCACUGCAGUCAGAGCAACAGCUGGCCCAGUUGACACAACAGCUGGCCCAGACAGAGCAGCACCUGAACAACCUGAUGGCCCAGCUGGACCCCCUUUUUGAGUGUGUGACUACUCUGGCUGGAGCCCAGCAGGAGCUUCUGAACAUGAAGCUACAGACCAUCCACAAGCUGCUGCAAGACAGCAAGCUGGACAAGGGUAUGGAGGCUUCAGAACCAGGUGAAGGCUUGGGAGGUGAGCCUGCUGAAGGUGGAGACAAAGUGUCCGAAACUGGAACAUUCCUGAUCUCUCCCCACACAGAGGCCGGCAGACCUCUUCAUGAGGACUUUUGUUUAAAGGAGGAUGAGGAGGAGGCUGGCGACAGUCAGGCCUGGGAGAAGCCCAUAAACUGGAGCACAGAGACAUGGAACCUAGCUACUUCCUGGGAAGUGGAGCAGGGGCUGCGGAGAAGGUGCAGCCAGGCUAUGGCAAAGGACCCCAGUCACAGCCCUGGCAGGGAAGGAGGGAUGACAGCUGAAGGCUGAGUAAAGCAAAGUCUGUUUUUGUGA